AAAAGGGAACAUCUCUUUCCUUCUCCCACUGUUUCUCUGGAGCGAAGUGGAAGUUCCGUUCUUCCUGCUUCUUCUUUCCUCUUUUCUCGAGUUCUUGACACAAAAACUCACAAACUGGUACUUCUCACUGGCGUCCGUGUGUGUGAUAGAGAGAGCAAGGAGGAAGUACAGAGAGAGAGAGAGACAGAGAGUUAUCCUUUCUUUUCCUUUCUUCCUUCUUCUCCACUAACUUAUCUCCUUGUAUUACCGUGACAAGUGAUAGCUUGGAGAGGGAAGGAGGCAAAGUACCACCCAUAUAUAUUCCCCCUUGGUUUUUUUUUAUAGAGGCUAUUAUGUGUUCCUUCAGAUCCAGGGAACCCGGAUAGCAAAAGGCAUCCCCUCAUCUGCUAGCCUUUCCUGUGAUCCUUCCCCCUUUCCCCCUUCCUUGUAUUUAGUGAUAAGGCCUCCCAUUUCCCCUCAUCUUUUUUUUUUUUUUACCCAAUUAAUUUCCACCCUCAAAGAUACAUAAUCGGAUCCUUUUGCUGCUUCUAGAGUGAGCGGGGAAUUGCCUGCCAUUUCUGGACUACUCUCGGCUUCUUCUCAUCAUCGAGUACUUUUCUAUAAAGGGGAAGCUCUCGGAUCUGGUUCGGUUGCAUAUUCGGGUCAAAGGUUGUUUUUUUUUUUUUUUUUGGGGGGGGGGAGGGGGGCGAAACCCGUGAACCUGCGGCCGGUGAGCCUUGGAGAGUGAUGAAGAGGAGGCGGAGGAGGGCGUGGUGGAGCAAUGACAGGAUGUAUGACUUCUGAGGCUCACGAAGUCUACUGCCCCUUGUGCUGCUGAAAACCUCGAGGGGAGGAGUUGAUGGAGGAGAUGUCUCCGGCGGUUGCUUUGCCAUUUAGGAUGGGAAGUUCGCUCCGCGAAGACGUCGCUCGCCUUCAGCUGAUAACGGACCCCGCCGCGACCCUGCUGUCCGAUCCGACGGCUGACCAUUUGCCGGCCGAGCAGGAGGGAGCUGCUCGAGUCGUGGUGAUGGAGGAGGGAGGGGAUGGGGAUGAGCUCGAGGACCGGACGGUACCCGGGAGCGAAGAAGAGGAUUCGGUUUCUGUCGGGCCGGAGCCAUCGGUUGGGAGCUCGAUCAGCGAUAGCAGCAGCAUCGCCGGUGCCGCUGACGAGUUCUCGAGCGCGGACCUGUCUUCCGAUACCGGGACGCCGAGCUCCGUGGCAGGGCCUGCUUUGACUGCGAAUGUGGGUGUGCUGCCGGCGGUCGCGGAACCAGAGGUUCAGGGAGGUCGCCCCGGUGCAAGUGGUGGUGGGCGGAGCGUGUUCUUGACAAAUUACGUGCCGCUCUGGGGCUGCGUCUCCAUUUGUGGGCGGAGGCCGGAGAUGGAAGAUGCCGUGGUGGCGGUGCCUCGAUUCUUCGAAAUCCCGCUCCGGAUGCUGACAAAUGAUGGUGUUGUGGAUGGGAUGGAUCCAAGUUUGAUAAGCUUGCCUGCUCAUUUCUUCGGAGUCUAUGAUGGUCAUGGUGGUUCCCAGGUUGCUAACUACUGUCGUGAUCGGGUUCAUCUCGCACUGGUAGAAGAGCUGAGAAAUGUAGCCGAAGGGCUGGGAGGAGUGAGCGGGGAUGCUUGGAAGAAACAGUGGGAGAGAGCCUUCGUUGAGUGCUUUCAGAAAGUUGAUGAUGAGGUGGGAGGCAAAGUAAGCAGAGGGAAUGUGGGAGCUGCAGCUGAUGCAUCAGCGGAGGGCGGCGAUCUUCGUCUAGGUGCACCAUCAGAACCUGUUGCCCCGGAGACUGCAGGAUCAACAGCUGUGGUUGCUGUUAUCUAUUCUUCGCACAUCAUUGUUGCAAACUGUGGGGAUUCGAGGGCGGUCCUUUGUCGUGGCAAACGGCCUCUGCCUCUAUCUGUGGAUCAUAAACCAAACAGAGAAGAUGAGUAUGCAAGGAUUGAAGCAGAGGGAGGCAAGGUUAUACAAUGGAAUGGAUACCGUGUGUUUGGUGUUCUUGCUAUGUCACGUUCAAUUGGGGACCGCUACUUGAAGCCAUGGAUUAUUCCGGAACCAGAAGUAACAAUUGUUCCACGAACUAAAGAAGACGAUUGCCUUGUCUUGGCCAGUGAUGGUUUAUGGGAUGUCAUGUCAAAUGAAGAGGUUUGUGAUGUAGCCCGCAGGCGGAUCCUAAGCUGGCACAAAAAGCAUGGUGUCACGGCAUCUCCCACACAAAGAGGGGAAGAAGCCGAUCCUGCAGCUCAGGCAGCUGCAGACUGCCUGUCGAAGCAUGCUCUCCGGAAGGGAAGCAAAGACAACAUCACCAUCAUUGUGGUGGACCUAAAAUCUCAAAGGAAGUUCAAGAGCAAAACCUAACCGGGUAGGUCGGACAUCAUUUGAUCGACUGGGUUAGAAAAUCACAUGGCAUGAGACUUGAAUUUAUCCAGAAAAUUAUUGCCUUAAAUGCAUUACCUGGCCCAUCUGUUUUUGUCAUUUGGGCUUCAAGGGCUGUACUAUGUAUUUAUUAUAAUAUCUUUUCAAUCUAGGGUUGAUCAUUGCAAUAAUCUUGUAAGUUCUUUCUUCUUCAGCUGGGCUGUGUGCUAGCAAUGUAAAUUUUAGCUACUGCAGGUAAAGAAUGGUGGCGGGAAGUAUUCUAUGCUACCCUCAUGACAAUGUUAAUCUACUUUGUUGUAUUGCCUCUGCCUCCGAGUGUAAGGCUCUGUGAGGUGCUUGUUUUGCUUUCGCUCUUUCUUUUUCUUAGUACAUUUUCCCUUACUCUGCAUGUAGUUCUUCGAUGAACAGUAUGCGAAUAUUAAAAGAUGAAAACUGUGAUUUAUGGUCA